AUUCGAGAGUCCCUUAAAGGAGGAAGCAAAAGAACUGUGUUUGUGGUGAACACAGUACCACUUGUCCAUCAGCAGGCAGCAGCCAUUCAGCAGCACACACCCUUUGAAGUUGGCAAGUAUGAAGGCUCCAUGGGAGUUGACUACUGGACAGAUGAGCAUUGGCAGAAUGAACUGGAGAAACAUGAAGUUUUAGUGGUUGUGGCACAGAUCUUUUUGGAUUUAAUAUUACAUGCCAGGUUGCCACUUUCAUCAGUCAACCUCCUGAUUAUGGAUGAGUGCCAUCACACAACAGGCAGUCACCCAAUGCGUGAGAUCAUGAGAGCAUAUGAGACUUUAAAGCAGCACUCCCCAGACAAACUUCCCAGAAUAAUGGGUUUGACAGCUUGUGUGGUUCACCGCAAGUGCAAGAGGAAAGAUGUUUUGAAAUACAUGGAGAGUCUGGAAGCAGCUAUGGAUUGUGCCCUGGUAACCUCUAUUGAUCCAGUAACUGUUCUGAAAUAUACCACAGGGCCUAAGGAAAAACUGAUUUGUUACUUCACAGAGAACAUUACAUCUGACUACCAAGAAACGGUUAAAGCUCAGCUUGCAGGUCUCGAAUGUGACAUCAUAACAGAUUGUUUCAUAAAUGAGAAAGCAAGAAAACAGAUCAAGAAAAAAGUCAAGAAUAUUGAACACAUAAUGUCUGACCUAGGUGACUGGUGUGUUGCUCGAGCUAUAAAGUAUGAAAUUGAACACCUUGAUGAAACUGAAGGAAUGGAGGAAGAUCCAAAAGUCAGAGAGAUAUUGAAGUUGCUGAAGGAGAGGCUGAGAGAUGUAUAUAUUGCAUGCGAACUAAAAGAAAAAUGUAUGUCCAAUCCUCUGGAGCAUAUCACAUUCAAAGUGAAAAGGCUCCUAGAAAUCUUUAGUAAGUGCAAUAAGGAAGUAUUUGGCUUGAUUUUUGUGGAGAGAAGAAACACUGCCAAAAUUCUCUAUGACCUCCUUUUAGAGAUUGCACAACAGAACCCAGUAUUCAGUUUUGUCAGACCCUCCUAUGUUGUAGGAUGCAAUUCGCGUCCAGGCAUUGAUAUACGUCUAGCAGAAUUGGAACUCCGUAAACAGAAGGAAACUUUAGAAAAGUUCAGAAAGGAGGAAACUAAUUUUCUGAUAUCAACAAGUGUUUUAGAAGAAGGAGUAGAUAUUAGGAAGUGCAAUGUGGUGGUUCGCUUUGACAUCCCACAGAAUUACCGUGCAUAUGUGCAAUCCAGGGGAAGGGCUCGUGCUAAACCAUCGGUGUAUCUGUUGAUGGUAGAAGAAGCAAAAGUUAGUGAAAUGCUGGAAUGCAUUGGAGUAUACAGGGAAAUUGAGGCCUCACUUCAAUACUUGUGCCAUGAUCGGAAUUUGCCGACAGCACAGGUAACAAGAAAACAUUUUGAAGAAGAUGAAUACAUAAAGCCCUAUGAACCAUAUGGACCUGUAGGACCAAAGAUUACAAGCAACUCUGCCAUACAACUUGUUAAUUUGUAUUGUGGAAAAUUGCCCUCUGAUAAAUUCACAGAUAAUUUGCCAGAGGUAGUUGAAGAAGUCAAAGAAGGGAUAGUAACUGUUGGGAUCAGACUUCCAAUCAUGGCACCUCUGAAAGACAUGAUAUAUGGUAGUGGAUGGGCAAACAAAGAUCUAGCAAAGAAAUCUGCUGCCCUACAACUUUGUAUCAAAUUGCAUGAGAUGGGAGAGUUAGAUUCCAACUUACGACCAAAGGAAAGUAGUGAUGAUAGCUUAGUAGAAGGGUUGGUUGACCUCCCACCUGAAGAACCUGUUCCAGAAGGCACACCAGAGUCUGGCACCAGGAAGAGAAAGCGGAUUUAUGCCAAGGAAUUGUGUUACCCAUUUUCAAAUGUGCAUAGAAGAUCAUACUGUCUCUAUUCAAUAAACAUUAAACCUUUUGGUCAGACAGAUCAAAGUGUAACCAUUGAUUCUUUUACAUGUAUUAAUAAGAUUGGUUUCAUCUGUAAAGAAGGUUUACUAUGCAGCCCCUUUCCACUGUUCUUCUCAAAAUGGGGGGAUGUGAUGGUAAAUGUUAAAGAAGUUGGCCCACUGACAGACUUGGACACUAGUUUAUUUGACAAAAUUAAGAAGUUUCAUAGGCUUGUCUUUGAAAAUCUCAUAGAGUUGAAAGAAAAUUUAAUAAACUUUGACCCUGAAGAAUCUAAAUGGGAUGUGUUUGUUGUACCACUUGAUUUUUCAGAAAUCAUUGACUUGGACUUAUUGAAUGAAAUCUAUUCCUUGGACUCGAUCAAACCAGUGAUGAUGAGGUCCCACAAUCAAAGUACCAAAUUUGUAAGGUCAAAAUUUGAAGAUGGACUAAUUUAUCCACUUUAUGGCAUACCCUCUGACCAAAUGUAUUAUGUGUCACAGAUUUUUGAUGAAUUAAAUCCUUGUAAUACAUUUCCUGAGGGCAAAAAGGGAUAUGAGUCCUAUGAAAGAUACUUCCUAGAAAGGUAUGGACUAGAAAUUAAGGAUAAGAAUCAGCCAUUAUUGGAAGCAAAACACAUACCAAAGGAACUGAAUUACCUGAAGAGAAUACCAAAGAAAGCAAAAGAAAAGAAAGGGAAUUUAGUGCCACGCUUUGUUCCUGAAUUCUGUGGUAUAAUUCCUAUAAGAGCAUCAUUAUGGUGGCAAAUUAUGUGCAUGCCAUCCAUCUUCCAUCGUCUGAACAGCUUAAAUUUGAUGCAUGAAUUUAUUAUGGAAACAAAGAUCACAUCACCUGCUGUAAAGAAUAAAGUCCUUGAUUUCUCCUGGACUAGGAAAUUUAUUCAUGAGCUACUUGGCUCCUCAGAAAAUGCUGUGCCAAUAUUCUUAGACAGGAAGAAACAAGAAUACAUUCAUCCCUUCAAUAUGUUACAUGCAUUCACACUCAAAGAAGCCAGUGAAGAUAAAGACUUCAACUUAGAGAGACUUGAAUUAUUAGGCGACUCCUUCCUCAAAUUUGUCACAGGAGAAGCCCUGUUUCUAAGAGAUGAAAGUUAUCAUGAAGGAAGGCUUUCUCAGAGUCGAGGCAAAUUGGUAUGUAACAAAACCUUGUUUAGAUUGGCAUGCCAGAGAGGUCUAGAAGGAAAAAUUGCUGCAAAAGUUUUCAACCCCAAGAGGAAUGGACACAUACCGGGCUUUAUAGUAAAAGCUGAAUUUGAAGAAAGCUUGCGCUCUCAUGAAGUGCCUCAUGAUAUCUGGCAUCAGGUUCCCAACACUGUAAAGAAUGUUGGUGACUUAAAGGAGGCAGUCUAUGAUUUGAUGUCAGACGAUGCAUCCAAGGAUGAUAAAGCAGAGAAAAAGGGGUCAUGUUACAACCCAUGGACAGAGCAUGAGGUGUCUGACAAGAGCAUUGCGGAUUGUGUAGAAGCCAUAAUUGGAGCCUACCUCCUUGUGUGUGGGAAUGAGGCAGCAACCUCCUUCUUGGAUUGGCUUGGAGUUGGGGUCUUCAAGGACAACUCCUUGUUAAUGGAACCAAAGACAAUAAGAACUGCUUAUGUGUGCAAGGAGCAUGCACAAGACCUAAACAUUUUUUAUAAGAAAGCAGUCUUAGACCGACUGGAGAAGAAGAUCGGCUAUACUUUCAGGGACAGAAGCUUUAUAGUUCAAGCUGUUACACAUAGUUCAUAUGUGAACAACCAGGUGACGGACUGCUAUCAAAGAUUAGAGUUCCUAGGAGAUGCUGUGCUAGACUAUCUAGUGACGUGUCAUAUAUUUUGCCGUUUUACUGACUACUCUCCUGGUCAGCUGUCUGAUUUGCGGUCAUAUUUUGUUAAGAAUGACACUCUUGGGCUAGCAGCAGCAAAGGGAAAACUUCAUCAACACCUGUUGCACCUUAACCCAAAACUUGAAGCUUCCAUUGACAAGUUUCUGUCCAUUCUCAGUCAAGAUCCCCUAGGAGAGGAGCUAAACACAGAGGAUGAUGUGCAAGAUUGUGAUGAUGUGGACAUACCAAAAGCACUUGGGGAUAUGGUGGAAGCGAUCAUUGGUGCUGUUUACCUGGAUAGCAACAGGUCACUCAAGGUUGCGUGGCAAGUAAUAGAAAGGAUAUUAGGGGACCUGUUGAAUACCCCUAUUCAGGCAAUACAGUUGAACCCAGUGCGUCAACUGCUUGAAGAAGUACCUGGGGAAAAGCAAGUUGAGUUUGUCAAGGGCCAAGACGAUGAAAGUGGAAAGUCAUCUUAUACUGUAACGGUAAGAGGCUUUGGCACCUUCACAACUAGCGGCAAGAAUUAUCGAGUGGCAAAGAAAAAGGUGGCAGCGAUUGCACUAAAAGAAAUUUACAAGCUGCAGGCUGAAAGAGCUAUUUCACAGUUGCCUCAGCUCCCUAAAUCUCCCGUCUGAGUGCCCCUUCUGCAUUUGCUCUGUAUUUUUAUAAUAAAUGAUUUGCUUGUUGGGUUUCAUUGUAGAAAAUUAUGUUUUUAAAAAGAAAUAACUUCCUUUGUUAUUUUAGAAGACAAAAUUUUUAUGUGAUACUUGUUUAGCAAAAAUGAUCACUUAUGAAUGCCUGAAAAUGAUUACCCAUAUAAUUUUAACUGUAUGAAUGUGUAUUUUUUCAUGCUACUGUAAUAGGAAAUGGUUCUUCCCUCCAGUCCUUCUCCCUUGCAUCCCCUAUGGCUUUCCAGGGUCAAUAAGUACAGGAAAUGGGAGGCUUAAUUAAGUUGAAUGUAAAAGGCUAAAAAGUAAAUGAGCACAUCUACGUCAUCUUAAGUGUUAGACUACACACAAAAAAUAGCUGAUAUAGUCAAACAAAAGGCCAAAUAACCCUCAUUGGAAAUUUCUGUUCCUUUGUGCAUAGGGAGUUUACCCCCAGGUUAAGAACCACAGCUUUAGAAUAUAGAAAAUAUUAUAUAGUUAAGCAUCACAAUGUUCGUAUGAUUAUGAACUAUUGACUUUUGACAGGCAAUUUAAAAAAUAUAUAAGGUAAGAAAAAACUAUGUUUUAUAAAAAGGAAUCAUUAAAUUAUUUAGGAUAACAUCCCCAAGUCUUAAUAUAAAAAAAUCUUCAAGAAAUAAGUCGAUUAGGAUUUCACUGAGGUUCUCGUACUAUGCAUGUAAUUCAUUGCUUAUAUAUUAUUAGAAAGUGGUAGCAAAGAGCAUAGCUUAAUGUGUAUCUAUAAAUGCAAUUUCCCGUUAUACAACAAAUUUUUUUACUACA